AUGGCGUCUCAAGUACCCAUCCCUGGCACGGUUCAACUCGUCGAUGCCCAGGGCAUCUUACACGUCAAGCAUGGUCAACAAGCCCGAGACAUUGUCCUUGUCCCCCAACCCACCGACAACCCCGAUGAUCCUUUACGAUGGACCGUCCCCCGAAAGACAAGGAACAUCAUCUGCGCCAUGACGUGGUGCUUCUUUGUUGCUGCCAUGAUCUCGGGCCUGUCGCCGGCGUACCUUCUCAUCGAGCGCGAUACUGGUAUUUCUGUUGCAGACCUCAGCACAGGAAAUGGUCUUCUCUUUCUGUUCCUCGGCUGGGGUACAAUGAUCACACAGUGUCUUGCAUUGAACUACGGACGUCGCUUGACCCUCAUGGUGUCUAUCAUCUGCACCACUGGUGUAACCCUUUGGACCGCAUACGUUCAGAACAGAGGGGAGUUCUUCGCCAACCGAAUUCUUCUCGGCAUUGUGUCUUCUCCACAGGAGACACUCAUUGAGGUUAUCAUCGGAGAUAUCUUCUUUACACACGACCGAGGUUUCUACAUGGGUGCCUACAGUUGGACCUUGUGGUGCGGCGCGUUUCUGGCGCCCGUGGCAUCUGGAUACGUUGCGCAGGAAGUUGGUUGGCGAUGGAUCCAAUAUGUCUUGACCUUUAUCGGAGCUGGCGUCGCAGUUGUCACCUUCUUUUUCUUUGAGGAGACAAUGUUCUACCGCCACAACAACGUUGGAGACUUCCGCGGUAUCUCUGACGAGGAGGCAAAGAUUCAGGCAGUCAACCGAGACGAGGAUUCCGCCUCCAGGUCUAUCCAGACAUCCGCAUUCGAGUCAUCAGAAAGCACCAAGACCUACCUCGACAAGCUCAAGUUCUGGGGCUUCCGCGAUUCACGACAACCCAACACUUUCAGGUUAUUCUUCUUGCCCAUCCAGCUACUCUUCAUACUUCCUGGCAUGUUCUUCGGUGGCCUCCUAGUCGGUGGAAUCCUGUCUUGGUACAACGUCGUUGGCGGCUCGCUGGCCCUCAUUCUCGGUAACCCUCCGUACAACUUUAGCGCCAACAACAUCGGCCUUUGCUAUCUCGCUUGUGUCGUUGGUGUCACUAUCGGCUGCUUCAUCUCGGGUUGGAUGUCAGAUGCUCUUGCCCUCCGCCUUGCGCGACGAAAUGGAGGCGUCAUGGAACCUGAGCAGCGUCUCUGGACCUGUCUCAUUGCACUUGUGGCGCAUCCUGCUGGCUGUCUUCUCUACGGAGUUGGUGCAUCAUAUCAGAUUCAUUGGUUCGGAAUUGUGUUUGGUCUCGGUCUCAUCUCCGUCACUCUCCCAAUGGGCUCCAACCUAGCCUUUACAUAUAUUCUCGACAGUUACAAGGAGGUUGCCGGAGAAGGCCUUGUCUCAGCUAUUCUCAUCCGCAACAUGAUGGGCUUUGCUUUCGGUUACGCUGUUGUUCCCAUGAUUGAGAAUCUUGGCCUUCGGUAUGCUUUUGUGCUGAUUGCCAUCUUGGGCUUGGCCUUGUGGUGCAGCGCAAUUGUGAUGAUCUAUGUUGGAAAGACUCUACGUCGCUCUACUGCGCAGUCAUACUGGAAUCUCGUUGAGCGAUAUGGUGCCACAGCUCAUUAAGCACAUGAAUGUUGUUCUAUUCCGUAGCGAUGUGUGGUGUUAGUGGUGGGGGAGAACUUUCGUGUAUUUAGUCGAGCAUCUACAGUCACUAUCAUAAUAAUACCUCUGGCUUC